ACAACAUUAUAAAGAAAGAAAGAAAGAAAGAAAGAAAGAAAGAAAGAAAGAAAGAAAGAAAGAAAGAAAGGAAAAAUGUAGCAAUAAUUGGCAUUAAAGGUCAUAUAUAACGCUGCAGUCGCACAGUAAAAGCCUAAAAGCUGUUAGUAAAGCCUGAGCUCAUCUCUACACGUCUACCCCUCUUCCUCUCUACCCCUUCCUCCCUCUACCCCUCUAGUGCAUGAUGGGAACCGCCCUCUCCCUCACUCAGGUUUUUCCACUGAAUGGAAAACACUUCACACUCGUAUCAUCAGCUAAAACAGAGAACAAGAAGACUUCUUAUUUUUGUGAACUGGAAAUUAAUUUCAUCUUUUUGUUUUGUUGGUUUAUUUGGGAUUUUUUUUGUUAUGUUUGACUAUUUAUAUACUAUUUAUUACACUUGUUUAACUUAUUUGUAACUGGCAACCUAUUUGGACCUUUCAACUCUACAGCAAUGCUGAUUACAAAAAUUGAAGCGAAGGAGGCCUGCGAUUGGCUGCGAGCGGCCGGCUUCCCUCAGUAUGCACAGCUUUUCAAAAAUAGCCACGUUCCGAUUGACGUAGACUGGGUGAAGAGUGAUCAUGAAUUCCUGGAUGGCGACACAUUAGACUCUCUCUGCAGGAGACUUAACAUCUUAAACAAAUGCGUCGAGAUGAAGGUGGAUGUGAGCAGAUUCAAACGACGAGGUGAAGUUGAUGAUGAUGUGGAGCCCUGUGCUAUCAGCCCGAAGUGGUCCUAUGACCGCAAGAGUAGGCGCUGGAUACGUAUAGAUGGUAUUGACUUUCUGCCAUCGAUGGACAGCCCUACCUCAAGCCUUAGAAGAUCUGAAAGCGGUGAGGCCUCCCUGUCCGACAGCAGUGAGCACCAUGAGAUCCUCUCCACACACAGUUCCAGCAGUUCUGACAGUGACACUGGUGGUACCACCCUGAAAACUUUGGAAGAUCCUGAGACAAGCCGAAGCUCCUCUAGAUGCUCCUCCAACUACAAACACUUGUCCCCAGACAGAUCCUACAGUGGCCCUCCAUCUCCAAAAGAGCCUUGUGAUAAGUGUUUUUCUGAGAAGCCUUCUCUGAAGAAGGGUCAGAAGGGUCUUCUGCGCAAGAUGGACAAACUGAGAGUUCGCGGGUCAACAUUACGGCUCCAUGGCCAAGGUGGCAAAACAGGGUUAGUCAUUGGAAGUCCUGUCCUCCAAAAGGGUCAUGGGGAGGACAAGCACGAGGAACUCCACCAUUUUAACAUUUCAGGGCUGCCGGACAACAUGUGCAGCGCAAUGUCCUGUACACCACCUUAUGGCUCCAGCAGCAGUCCAUCAGAGAACAGCAGUGCAGUCAGUACACCCAGUCCGGUCACCAAGGUUCGUAGCAACUGUAAAAGACCAAAUAGCCAAACGCAGGAGAAAGAACAAGCAUGUGAAAGUGAGCAGGAGCUCCACAACCAAUACAGUCUUAAUUGUAACACCAUCUUUGAGAUUCCACAUGGUCACAAACCAGGCACUUUUCCCACCAUUUUGCACAACACUGAUCUUUCACCCAUUGAUAGCACUGACGUCAACUGGAGAACCGGAAGCUUUCACGGAUUCCAUCGUCGUAGAAGUCGAAGCAAUACAACAAAAGACCGAGAACCGCCGUGCAGUCCUCUGGCUGCACAUGACCAUCGUGUUAGCAUUUAUGACAAUGUCCCAAAUCAUUUGCAAAUAAUAGAUGACGAUGUCUUUUGCGCUUUGGAUAAUAUAAUGGAACGCAUUAAUGGACUACAGCGACUGGUCACUUCAUGGACAGACAAACUGCCUGAAGAUGGAGAUUCAGAUUUCUCUAACUCCAACUCCCCUUCUCCAUCAUCUCUGACCGACAUCCAUCUCGAAAUCAAGCAGCAGAGUGAAACCGACCCAACUGGCCCAAAGCAGAGUUACAGCAAAGCACGUUCUCAUACAGUUCAGGUCCCUUGUGCUCAGAAACUUUACUGGUGCAGUGAGCAGACACAUAACAUCACCACCCGAGACAUCCAGUCCCAGCUUGCUUCAUGUGUUUCAAUGCUGCAGAGACUGAGUCUGCUCAGACUGACUGUUCUGAUGGACAAACACUCACCCUUCAGCAAGCAAGGAUGGAACUGGACUGUCCCGAAAGUCUACAGAAAAAACAUGAAAUCUUCAGAGCACAAGAAGGUGUUUGGUGUACCUUUGCUUCAGAGUGUUCAGCGGUCAGGAAAACCUCUGCCUCCAAGCAUCCUCAGAGCCAUGGAGUACCUCAAGACUGAAUGCCUGGAUCAGGUUGGCCUUUUCCGCAAAUCUGGGGUCAAGUCUCGAAUUCAGUAUCUGAGGGACAUGAUCGAAGCCGACCCUGAUGGCGUUUCCUUUGAAGAUCAGUCUGCAUUUGACGUCGCAGACAUGAUCAAGCAAUUUUUCCGAGACCUUCCCGAGCCCAUUUUCUCCAGCAAGCUGUGCAAGAGUUUUCUGCACAUCUACCAAUACUUCCCAAAGGACCAACAGUUUGCAGCAAUCCAAGCGGCUAUUUUCCUCCUGCCUGAUGAGAACCGAGAAGCACUUCAGUGCUUGCUCUUCUUUCUCCAUGAAGUGGUGGCCUGUGUGGAAGAAAACCAGAUGACCCCAACAAACAUUGCUGUUUGCUUGGCCCCCUCUCUCUUCCAUCUUAAUGUUCUCAAGAGAGACAGCACCAGCAGCAGGGCAGGCCAGAGGAAGCACAGCUUAGGAAGGCCAGACCAGAGGGAUCUCAGUGAGAACCUGGCUGCUACUCAGGGGCUGGCACACAUGGUGACUGAGUGUACUCAACUGUUCCAGAUGCCACAAUAUUGGCACAAAAGGAAUCCCAGCACCUUUAAUGAAGACUCCCUGAACAUGGAGGGUGGGUCUGCUUUAAAUACAAUCAAAGCUGAUCCAGCAGACCGUGCCCGGCUAGACGUUUUUAUCCAGCAGCUCCUGAGGGAGGCAAGGGAAAAGACCAAAAGCUGGGUGACCUGCUCCACAUUUGAUCAUGUGGACAUAGCGUUUAAAAAGGUGGAGGACGGUUACCCAUUGCCAUUGUGGAGAGGGACAGUGGAGGUGGACGCUCCUCACACAGAUGUGUUUAGACGUGUCCUAAGAGAACAUGGCCAGUGGCAAAACGAUCUCCAGCACAGCCAGGUGGAGACCUUAGACAAGGAUUUGGAGAUCUACCAAUACACCCUGCAGGCAGUUGGAACCAGACCACCACUGCAACAUCUGCUUUUGAGGACGUGGCAGUCCGAUCCUUCAUCAGGGCCUCUGUUUGUUGCAGCCACAUCGGUCGAACACGCUGACAUCCCAAACACAGGGGUCACAGCCCGAGUGCUGUGCUGCAUGUUCCUUGUGGAGCCGUCUGGGACGAAAAAGUCCAGACUCACACACUUCUGUCGCACAGAUACCAGGGGCCGAUCUCUGGAGUGGUGUAAUAAAGUCGGUGGGCACCUGCUUUCAUCCACACUGGUGGCAAUUAGAGACUCCUUUAAACCCAAGACUAAAGAUGUGAAGCUAUGAGACGCGAUCUGUGCAGCCUUGACUGAUUGAACUGAUUAUUUGAAGACCCUUCAGAAGAACAAUUCAAAUAAAAUAAAAAAUAUAUAUAAAAAAUGGAAAAAAUUAUAAAUGAUAUAUAUAUAUCAUUAUAUGAGGAGCACAUGAGACUUUCAGAGGCAGCACAGAACAAUUACAAAGCCUCUAAAAUGCAGAGACAAGCAAGAAGUAGAAGUAGAAGAAGAAGAAGUAGAAGAAGAAGAAGUAGAAGCGCGUAGAGGAAGUGAUGAGAAGUUCCAGGACAGUCGGUCUGCUUGGCUUAUCAAGACUGACAAGGAAGAGUUUCAGAGUAAUGAAAUGUCUUAUUUCAUUUGAAGGGCCCUUUCACGGGCUAACAGACUGCGAAGGUUGUCUCAGACACACAGUUUUUUUAAAGCGUUAAAAAGACGACUGGGUGACGAGGUGAAAAUCUACUUCGAUAAGGACUCUUGGGGUGUCAUUCCAUGUGGAGCCCACAUGCUGCGUCACUACGGGCAGCGGCUCAUAAGCAUUGAUUUUGGUAAGACAGAAUGACAUUAAUAAUGACAAAGCAAAAAAUGGAGUGAAUUUUCGGAGAAAGUUGAGCACCUGAUCAUUCAGUGUAUACAAUCGAGCAGCUCAUGUUUUUUUUUCUGUAACAAAGAGCUAAUAUCAUUAACCAAGGUUGCCAGGUUACAACCUUUUUGUAUGUAAAAACAAUCCCGUCAAUAUUAUCGAUUCCAUGAUCCUCCUUUCCCUCUCACAUCAUUACGACAGAAAUUGUUCUAUAACCAUUACCAUACACUCCCAUUACCUUUUAAAGGCUAUAAAAUUUCAUUCUGAUCAUUUGCCUUUAAAACAGGUUUUUAUAGCUAACAAAAAUGCAAACCUGGCAACCUUGUUGUUAAUUAUUAAUUGUCCUAUCUGCUGCUCUUCCUCUAAUAAAAAUCUUCAGUAUGGGGCAGCGUGAUUUUUGCCCUAAUAGACCUCUAUUUAUUAUUAAAUGUGCUUGUUUGUGCAGUUCUCGUGUAUGACCACUAGGUGCAAUAAUUACUCUAUGGAGACAAAUUGAGCUUGUAGAAAAGCAAGAGAAUCAACGGGAUGCCGGCUUUCAAUGCUAUUUUUCAAAUAGCAAUCGUCAAUCGCUCCGAAGAGGUAGUAUUUCUGCAAAUAUUUACCAGAUAGAGUGUACAAACACAUUUCUGACCACGCCCCCAUCUCCACACCAGGAGACGACGUGACCCGAUCUGUCGCAGUAAAACGUCAAGCUGCAAAUAACCCUGUGAUAUGAAUAUGUAUUGGUACACAUUUAAAGCAGUGAUUUUUUCAAAUGAAUUUAUAAAUCUUUCUAUAAUUAAUUAAUAUAAAUUUGUUAACAUAUGAAAUGCUACAGGAGAGUUUAUUUAAACAUAUAGCGUAUAUAAUAUAUAGUAUAUAUAUAUAUACACAGCCUGUCAAGAGUGUGGGGAAAAAAGCAUUUUAUAGAGACACAUGCAGGGUCCUUUAGUUUCUAAACUAAAUGUCCAGAUGUUCCACUUUAUUCCCAUUAAAAAAAUCCUCCCUUAGCAUAAAGAACAGCUGUACACACUCUCAGCAUCCAGACACUUCGUUUCUCCAAACGUUCAGCUCAAACACUUU